UUACAGAUAGAAUUUUAAGGAGCCCCUUAAACUCAUUUUUAUAUAAAAAUGCUCAGCAGUGUAAAAUUUUUGCCCGUGCGCUGUAGUCUUAAUAGCUACACACUACGUUGUUAUUCCGCCACUCCACCAAAACGUCCCUCCCAAUUAACAGAUGAAAUCAUACGUGUUGAUCAUGCCGGAGAAUUGGGUGCUGAUCGUAUCUAUGCUGGACAAAUGGCCGUUCUGGGCAAUGGACCCAUGGGCAAGACAAUAGCCCAUAUGUGGGAACAAGAAAAGGGACAUCGGCGUCAAUUUGAAGAACUCAUUAACAAACAUCGUGUACGACCCACCGUUAUGACACCCAUAUGGAAUGUGGCUGGCUUUUUGUUGGGAGCAGGUACAGCCCUAAUGGGCGAAAAAGCUGCCAUGGCGUGUACCGUAGCUGUAGAAACAGUCAUUGUGGAACAUUACAAUGAACAAUUGAGGCAAAUAAUGGAAUCACCACAGCCCGAUAAGGAACUCUUGGAAACAAUUACAAAAUUCCGCGAUGAGGAACAAGAACAUCACGACACGGGCAUUGAUUGUGGAGCAGAGCAAGCACCCUUCUAUAAGGCCAUGACGGAAGUCAUAAAAGUCGGAUGUAAAACAGCCAUUGCAAUUUCGAAGAAAAUCUAAUCAUUAGUAUAAAACGAAUGUUGUUAUUGUAAAUAUGUCCUAAUUUUCAACUUUUUUAUAUAAUUUUUAAAUUUAAGUUUUACGAUGAAAAUAUAAUAAUCCAAAAUUGGUGCUUA